CACUUCACUGUACUGUAUAUUACACGCUACCCACAACAGUUUUUGGAUUGUGUCUGAAAUCGAAUCAAAUUUAGCUUUAAACGUUAAAUGCAAAGCGAAUCAAAGACAUUAUGUAUAGGUAUAUUUUCCUUAUAGGUGCACUCAAUGCGAUUUGCCACUGCUUGGAAAAUGGAUUGGCCCGGACUCCUCCAAUGGGUUGGUUAUCCUGGGAGCGGUUUCGAUGCAACACAGACUGUGCAAAUGAUCCCGACAAUUGUAUAAGUGAGCGACUAUUUCAAGUAAUGGCUGAUCUGCUCGUCACUGAGGGCUAUGCUUCAGUGGGCUAUGAGUAUGUGAAUAUUGAUGACUGCUGGCUGGAAAGGCGCCGCGACAUAGAUGGCAAGCUCUUAGCCGAUCAUAAGCGAUUUCCUAGUGGCAUAAAAGCCUUAUCAGAUUACAUUCAUUCGAGAGGCUUGAAAUUCGGUAUUUAUGAGGACUAUGGCAACUUCACAUGCGCUGGUUAUCCCGGCAUCAUUGGCUAUGAGGAAACCGAUGCGCUUCAGUUUGCCGAAUGGGAUGUGGAUUAUGUGAAAUUGGAUGGCUGCUAUGCCUUGCCCUAUGACAUGGAUCGAGGGUAUACGCAGUUUGGCAGAUUUCUGAAUAGGACUGGAAAGGCAAUGGUCUACUCGUGCAGCUGGCCGGUUUAUCAAAUCUAUGCGGGCAUCCAGCCCAAUUUCUCGGCUAUUCAAACACAUUGCAAUCUCUGGAGGAACUUCGACGAUAUUCAAGAUUCGUGGGCAUCCGUUGAAAAUAUUAUUGACUACUAUGGAAAUAAUCAGGAUUUGAUAGCGCCUAACGCCGGACCCGGGCACUGGAAUGAUCCUGAUAUGUUAAUAAUCGGAAACUUUGGUCUAAGCUACGAACAGGCAAAAACCCAAUUCGCAAUUUGGUCAAUUUUAGCGGCUCCUCUUUUAAUGUCGGUGGACUUGAGGACAAUUCGGCCAGAGUUCAAAGAAAUUUUACUCAACCGCAAGAUCAUUUCUGUGGAUCAGGAUCCGUUGGGAAUACAAGGCCGAAGAAUCUAUAAGCAUAAGGGAAUUGAAAUUUGGUCGAAGCCGAUAAGUCCAGUAUAUCAGAAUUUCUACUCCUACGCGCUCGCCUUCAUAAAUAGACGAACCGAUGGAACACCCUCUGAUAUUUCAGUUACACUAAGGGAAUUGGGUCUUAUCAAUAAUUAUGGAUAUCGGGUUGAGGACCUUUAUGAGAAUAUUAACUAUGGUAUAUUGUUUCCGAAAACUAAAAUCAAGGUUAAGGUAAAUCCUUCGGGAGUAGUUAUGUUGAAGGGCGAAACUCAAAAUAUAAACCAGUUUUAACUUGUUUUUGUUUUUUAAAAAAUGUAAAAAGUCAAGCAUAUAUGCAUAAUAAUCAUUCACGUUGCGAACGCAGCUCAAAUGGCAAAUAUAUUUAAAUGUGUUGAUAUUUGCGGAUUUGCCACGCCCCAAUUCGAGCCAUAUAUGUACAUAUACAUAUCUCUAUCACUAGAUGAUAUUAAAAGUGAUCUAACUUUUCCAAUCGCUUUUCAUCAAUCUAUAUAAUAUUCUUGACUAAUUGUGGGACUCUUCCUAUUGAAACGGUAGAAGAUAAGAUUUUUAACUGUCCAAGUGGGCAAAGCUAUGUGCAAUAUACAAUAUAUAUUUUUCUGGGAUGGGAAUACACAAGAGUAUGUAGAUUUAAAUACCAAGUAAUCAAGCUUCAAUUUAGGUUAUAGUAUUUCCCGAUUAGCCAAGCUUCUGAAAUACAUAGAGAAUGAAUAUUAACUAAUAAAAUAUAAUACUAUAUACUAUAAUUGGCUUAUAUUAGAAUUUGGGACUUAAAAUUCAAAUUUAGUGGAUUUCUAAAAUUACUUAAAACAAAUUCAAAUUCGGUUUAGAAAUCAUUUAACAAUUAGAGCAUUCUCUCCACACAAAGAGUUGUAAAAUAAUGAAUACAACAACGGAAUUUGUUGGGAUAUAAAUAAGGCUAAAUACUCAUAUUUCUAAAUAAUAAUAUAAUCUAGCAGAAAAGCCUUGAAAUAUGGCACUGCUUAAUAAUAAAUGAAAUUAGGACUCCUAGAAAUAAAUAUUAAUUGUUGUGAAUAAAUAAACUUGAAAAUAAAAAUAGACAAUUGAACUAUUCUUUACUAAUUUUAAGCAUAUGUUAAACUAUACUAAAAUAAGAUCAAUAAAUUGAUGGUGCCUACUUUUGGGCAAGUCUUUAAUAGAUAUCAAUUUGUGUGUGGGAUA